AAUAAGCUGCUGUCCACACACCCUAACCCGCAGCCUCUUCCUCUUCCACCAUCUCACGUCGCAGCUCUGCCAACAUUCUACUGUACUCAUACUGUCACCUCACUGCGCGUCAACUCCGGAGGGACAGAGAGACCGGACUCAUUUUUUUGGGACGAGAGAGAGAAGGAAUGCGAGAAUGAAGAAGAAUAAAUACUAUUGAGAGUUGUUUUUCUUCUCAAGCAAACUGACCGACGAAACUACUUGACCUGUGGCCUCAGAGAGAGGGGAAGUGUGUCCUGUCUCCCACUUCGAAACGACGUUGUGCAAGACGUCUAACUGACCUAUUGUAAAAAUGUAUUAUUUUGGUGACGUUUUACGAGGUGUUCUUUCUUUUCUGAAAGGCCGGUGUUUUUGUUUAUUAGCCGAGGCCGUGUUCGUGUGCUUGUUGUUUUCUUCUGUCAAAGCAGAGGAAGAGUGUCCGUUAUCCUGUAUCUGUGUCAGAGACUCCGGGACGGUGACCUGCCGGGAUACCGAACACACUGAGUUACCGGGUGACAUACCUGCGUGGGCGACCACGUUAAUACUCAGGGGGAACAACAUCUCAACGUUACCGGGAGGAGCGUUCUCCACGAAUAACGGGACGGAACUCGAACUAACGACCCUCUCACUGUCACAUAACGGGAUCAUGGUGAUCGAGGCUGACGCUUUCACGGGACUCCCCAGGUUGAAUUUACUGGAUUUGAGCCACAACCCGUUGGUGUAUAUUUCGGACCGGGCGUUUCACGGUCUGCGGGAGCUCCGUUCUCUUUACCUGAACGACUCGCUCCUUGCUCCAGCCGUGGCGCAGCUCUCCAACGCGCUGCAGGGCACCGAAACGUUACGCAACCUCCACCGGCUGGAGCUGUCAGGAAACCGAUUGAAAACCAUACCCAUCACACGGUUGGACGCGUUCAACCUCCACACUUUAGUUCUCACCAACAAUUCCAUCGAGAACAUUGGUAAAGAUAACAUAUCUAGUUUGUACCGUCACAAGAGAGUGCGCAUUUAUUUGUCACUAAAUCCUUUCAGGUGUAACUGUGAACUCGAGUCGUUCUACCUCUGGUUAAAGAACUCUUCCCAGUGUGUGGACGCUGCGCGCCUCCUGUGCGCCGAGCCUGAUGCCAAAAAGGGGAUUCCACUGGAGCGGUUACGCGGUGAGGACGUGGAUUGUCUCAAUGAGAACUUGGAGGCGGUGUCCUACGUGUUCCUAGGGAUAGUCAUGGCGCUGAUCGGUAUUGUAUUCCUCAUGGUGCUCUAUCUAAACCGGAGAGGCAUCAAACGGUGGCUCAACAACAUCCGUGAUGCGUGCCGCGACCAGAUGGAAGUGUACCAUUACCGGUACGAGCAGGACUCCGAUCCCCGGUUGGCUAACGUCGCCGUUUAAUGUUUAACGUUCACUCCCUCAACCUAUGCCAUUAUCAAUCGUUGUUUUAUGUACAGAGUAAACUGUUUCAUGAACGGAAGAGCAAUUAGUAUCCGUUUUGUUCUCGACUGAUAUCAACUGUAGUUGUUUCUAAUAUGUAUGCCAAUGAUUUGGAAAGCAACAGACUUCAUUAUCCAAGAGGGACAAAUACAAUGUGCUUUAUUGUAAAUAUCUGUGGAAUUAUACAUUUCUGUAAAUAUACAAUGUACAACACCAAAAAAAAUAAAACAUGCUUAUCUUCCAUCAUGGAGACGUGAGAACACAUAAGACUUGUUAAAAUAUAGAUGUACAGUAGGACGGUUUAGUUGUGACUAGUUUCAACAACAGAAUAAAUAGUUUGAGUUCCUCCUACAGAUUAUUCUAAACGACUGUAUCAGUAUGUAAGUACAUGUAUAAACUGUAAUUACAGUAGAAAAUGUAUCUAUUUAAUAAAACGAUUGAGAAUUAUUAAUGGGAUUAAUGUAUGUUGAGCAGCCAGGUCAC